AUGCCUCACGGGAGUGGUUUUGUCCCGCUCUGGAUGUGAGAUGGUUCCCAGACCUGGGACGGAAGAUAAAGCCCCAAACCCUACCCCGGGUGCUUCAGGGAGGCGCCUGGCAAUCUAGGGCGGGGGCGGGGGCCCAGCGGCCGCUGCCCAGGCUCCUCUUCGCAAGACCUCCAAGUCCCUGCUCUCAGCCCGCGCGCUCGCGCGCUCGCGCGCAGGGCCACGCGGCCGCUGGGCUCCCUGAGCAAGCGAUCAGUCAGCAGGUCCCCUUUCGAGGCCCUUGCCAGUGCGGCUGCAUGGGCGCCGGAGCAGCUUCGGGCGGGCGCUGGCUGCCCAGGGGUUGCGCGGUCUUCACCACCUUCCCGGACCUGCUCUUCAUCUUCGAAUCUAUCUUUGGAGGCCUGGUGUGGAUCCUGAUCACCUGGUCCCAAGUGCCCAACCCCCAGGUUCAGGGCUGGGUCAUGUUCGUGUCCGUGUUCUGCUUCAUAGCCACCACUCUCCUGCUCUUCCUGUAUGUAGCUGGUGCCCACAAGACUGGGACUUUCUGGAUCAACCUGGACGCAGCCUACCACUGUAUCGCCUUCCUGUUUUACUUAAGCGCCUCUAUCUUCGAAGCUUUCCUCACCAUCUGGCCAGAUGAGAGAAACGAGGACAAACAACACAUUCAAAACAUCUCUGCUGUGAGUCCCCAGGGCAACGUGCCAUGUGCACAGCUCCCACUGCCCACUGAUGGAGGGUCUGAGUGGAAGGCUACUAGGGCCUUCCCUGAUGGCUUUUAGUUCACAUAAUUUUGAAUAAAGUAAACACUCCUCUCAUUUCUGAAGAAACAGAGCCCCAGAGAAGGGAAAUGACGUGCCCUGGGCACCCUUAACUGUGGGUCAGUGCUGCACAGCCCAGGCCCGGGCUGGCCAGGGGUCCCAUACUGGGCGGACUUUGCAAAGACAGAUAUGGGAGGAGACGGGACCUUGGGGGCCUGGCACUGUCUGAGUUCAUGGGGAAAAUCAUUGCCCCUCGCAGCAGCCCCAGGAUGGAGUGCUAUACCCAUUUCACAGAUGGAGAACCAGGACCCCGAGAGCAUGCAUAACCCACCCCCAGGUCACCAAGACCUGAUGGGAUCUGGGGUCCAGGCCAAGUGCUCUGACACCCACACCCUUAACACCAGUUUGAGAGAGUCUGGCCACUUGGCAGAGAGUCCUGGCUCUCCCUCGGUGUCUUCCAGGGAAGCACACUGUCAGGGCCAGGAAGGGGUGAGGCCUGGGGUGGGAAGUCGAAGGACCAGCAUCUCCCAGGCCCUCACUCUGGGGCUGUGGGGAGGCCCUGUUGGGGGGAGGCCCUUCUAGGUCUAGUGUGUCCACACCCCAGCUGUGAUGUCUGCUGCUGGGAUCAGGCCUUUGUCUCUUGACAGAGGUAUUCACACUCACCCACUCCUCCUACAAGUCCCUGUGCCCUCUGAGCCUCAGCUUGCUCAUCUAUAAAAUGGGAUGGUAAUUCCCACUGCAUCCUCAGAGGAUGAGAAAGCCAAUGAACCACUUCUUACCAGGCUUCAAUGUGAGCAAUGGGUGGAAGAGGGGCCGGGACCUCCUUUACCACAUCAGCAGAACAGAUAGAGGUGCGACCGUGAGUGUCUGGGGGGCACAUGGCAUGCAGGUUUCUGAGCCGUAAAAGAAACAUCCUUGACCUGCAGGGCCAGACCACUCGGUGGGCUGUGAGGUCAUGACCUCCAAGCUUCUGUUGAUGGAAUGGAACAGCAUGAGAGCCAAUGAGAGAAGGCAUUGCUCAUAGAAUGCUUUUCCAGAGUCUGGCAUGUGUGGACUUUCCCCGUAGUGCUAACCCACCAUAUCAGAUGUAUUUCUAACCAUUAACAUCAUUUGAAAUCUAAGACAAGCUUUCAGAAACAGCACUCCUCAGCUAUCUAGGAAUCUACCUAUGAGUUAUGCAAGUCCUAAGGUCAAACUGAUGACAGGACAGUAGAUGCCAGCACCACGUGCCAAAGCUGUGCCACCUGCCCCCUUUAGGGAAAAGGGAGAGGCAGAGAGAAACCCACAGGGUGGGUGCUGCUGGGCCCUGGGAAAAGGUGUGGAGAGGUGCCCUUCCUGCUCCCAGGGGGAAGGGUCUGUGGGAAAGCCCCUCAAAGGCUGUCUGCUGCUCCCCAGGGGCCCAGUCCCUCCCCAGGGGAAGCCACACACCCCACUUCAGCUCCCAGCCCCUCCCCAGUUCCAUAAGCAUGACCACCUCCUGGUCCCUGGCACCCUCUCCAAUGUCCCGCAGUGUGGGACCAUCUCUAUGCUGGCUCAUCUCCCAAGACAGCUGGUUUCUAAACAGAAGCACGGCCAGGCAGCACUUGGCUGCUCUCCUUCCCUUGGGACAAGGGUCAUCUGCCUCCUCUGUCACCUUCAAAUGACUUUCAUGGCCCCCUCACUAGAAAACCCACACAUACCCCCAUCCCAACCCCAGAAGCUGGAAACUCUUGACCCCACACCCAAGGUCCACAAGCCAGGUGCAGGUAUUUGCAGGUAAGCCUUGGGGGCAAACCACCCAGAGCAGGGUGAUAGGAUAGAUGGUGCUCAGGUAAACACAGCAGAACAGUGCCCACACAGGGCACAAAGUGACCAUCUGCCACCUUUCCCCACCUCUGUUCCCAGCAGCUUUCUUAAGGUCCCUCCUUUUGGCAAAAGCUCAAAACACCUCCUCUCCAUCCCAGAGCCUCAAUUCCUUGGCCUGGCUCCUGGCCCGUGCUUGUGAGAUUCAGAAUCUUAGAAUAAAAUUCUGGGCAGGGUCUGAGGAUGCCCAGGCAGGGCAUGUGUCGUACUCUGUUAGCCAUUGCUGCUGGGAUCACAACUGGUGGACUCUGGUCUCAUGUGUGGGCUGGAACAACGCUUUCCAUGAAGAGCAGUGGAUCCUGGCCUGUAAGAUCACUUAAGGGGUCUCCGAGGGCCCUCAUUUCCAGCUGGGUGACACCAACAUCAUGACAUGGGAUGGCAGAUGCACACCAAGUCCAGUGAACCAUUAGGUCACCUGGAGUCUGCUGAGAGCAUUUGGAGCCACACCUGGGCUCUGAAGGACAGGGAAUGAUGGGAAGCAGUGGUACAAAUGCUUCAAGGCCAUCAACCCCAAGUGCCAUAUGAGUAGCCAGGCCAGUGUGGAUGGCCCAUGCCUUUCCCUCUGGCCAUGUGCACCCAUUAAUGGUCAUUUAUCUUGG